GUACCAGUCAGCAAGCAAAUGUAAUUGCAUGUAAUGACACUUUAAAGUGUCGGUCCUCAAUUUCUGCAUUUCUGAACCAACUAUACUAUUUUAAACCUUGAAACAGUAGUUUUGAGACAUUGAUGUAAUUGUCCAAAGUGUGGGAACAAGACUUGCUCUGUAAACAUUUAGGGAUUUCAGCACCCCAGUGUACGGGCGACUGGUUUGAUUACUUCUUGUUUAAAUUGGAAAAGAUUCAGCUGAGCCUCAGAGAAUUAAAAAUUCCUGGUAAAAACAACAACAACUGCGAGAUCUAAGCAGGGGACAAACCUUUUUUCCUCUAAUUCACAGGAUUCCAAGUUCUUUUUUCCCCAUGUGUGUUCAGUGCUGGAAUGCUUUCUAAUAAAUAAAACUUAUUUUAGAAUCAAAAAUACCUAGAUGCUAUAAAAUUGCAACAUUCAUUAUCCGAUUGCAUAAGCCUAAAGAAAAGAAACAGCUGUGAUUGUUUGUCUCUAAAGAAAAAUAAAUACAAUGUGUGUGGUUUCACUUUGCAUGACUUCACAGAGAUGACAUCAUUAAAUCAAAAUGCGUUUAACAUCAAAGCAAUAUGACUAAUGAGAACCCUCUGAUAACAUAUGAUAUCUCAGCUCAGCUUUAAGCAGGAAAUGACAGAACGUCGACGUCAUGGAGAGAUGGAGUAGGACGGUGCUAAAAAGACAUUAUAACAUUUCGUGGCCCUGGAUGAUGUUGAAAGACUCUCCGCGAGGACCCACGAGACUUUCAGCUGAGGGCCCAUUUGUUGAGUUGUGUUUAUGGAUCAUUUGAGUAAUAUAAACAGAAGGCACGUUUCUCCGCGCGCUCUGAGCUCGAGCUGAGUUGGCAACAGGACCCCACCUGUGUUUAAUCACAAGACACGAUACAUGCAACUUCACACCGACCCAGCUCUGCGGGCUGACGCUCAAAGUCUACAAGUGAAGCAUGAACUGAGAAGACGCGCUGUGGACUCCUAAAACUUGCUCGCCGUGAGAUAAAGGUGAGUGAAAGGUCAUAGAUGUGAACUCGCCGAUGUUUUUCCGAACGAGACGAGGCUGUGACAGACAGCGCCAGAGAUUGAGGGAAAUACUUCAUUACGCUCUUAAAUUUUUAAAAGCGUUGUGGAACUCUCGGGGCUGUUGCCAUGACUGCAGCGGUGUAGCGUUCCCCUGCAGCCGCUUCAUCAAACUCCACUGCGCGCAAACUGAUUGAUUCACUACCAGUUGCUUUAAACUUCAUUCUGCGUCUCAAUGAACCUGGAUGCUUUUGAACAUUCAUUUACAGACAUGCUUGCAUACCUAUGUUUAUAAGAUGACACUCAACACAGAGAAAGAGGGAAAGGAAGCACUGAGGAGAAGAGCGAGUACUCCCAUCCCCUCCUCUCGUCAAGCAGGCAAGGGAGAAAGAGGCCCCUCCGCUGACCCCUAUCACCCUCCACUCGCCCAGUCAGCUUCCUACCACCCUGGAGACAAGAGCAUCCACUCGCGGGCCAACUGGUCUUCUGACUCUGAGUCGGACAGCUCUGGAACUGAGUGUCUUUAUCGCGUGGUUUUGUUGGGGGAUCACGGCGUGGGGAAGUCAAGCCUUGCCAACAUUUUUGCUGGAAUACAAGAGAAGGAUGCCCACAAACACAUUGGAGAGGAUACAUAUGAGAGAACCCUUAUUGUUGAUGAGGAGGAGACGACCCUAGUUGUGAUGGAUACAUGGGAAACAGAAAAACAGAUGCAUAAGCCUUCAAAGCCUUGUGAUGGGUUUGGUUUUACACAAUCCUGGUCUUCUGUGGCAGAGGGUCGGGCUUGUGCGGUGGUAUUCGACUGCAAGUUCAUAGAAACCUCCGCCUCCCUCCACCACAACGUUCACGAGCUCUUUGAGGGCAUUGUGAGGCAGAUCCGACUGCGGCAAGACAGCAAAGAGAUCAAUGAGCGUCGACGCUCCAUUUACAAGCGAAAAGAGAGCAUCAGCAAGAAAGCCAGACGCUUCCUAGAUCGACUUGUGGCCAAGAAUAACAAGAAGAUGGCCCUGAAAGUGCGCUCCAAGUCCUGUCAUGACCUCGCAGUGCUGUGAACCCACAGAUCCCUCUCAGUCCUUGAACUCUGGGUUCUCUCCUCUGUUUUCUGUUUGUAAGGCAAAGGAGGAUUUGUCUUUCUGAUGAGACUUCUUUUAAAUUUGAAAAUCAAUUCACAUUUUUUGUUUGUUUGUGUUGUUUAUUUAUUCAUUUGUCCGAAUCUAGCAUUAGCAACCUUUUUACUGAUUCUUUACUGAUUUUACUGGUUUUGCUCAUUGUUCUAUGUCCUAUAGAUCCGUUUUUUAUAGUUAUUUGAAUUAAACCAAAGGUUUAUUACUGUAUAUCACCAAUUAAGUGGACUUUGUUUUUAUCUUAUGAACAUUUUUAUCAGUGUUUGCCUUAUCAGACUGAAUAGACAAUAGUUAGAAUUAACAAGCAGUAUUUAUUAUUCAUUGUUGUUAAUAUGUUUUCCUUUAAUUAUCCUUAUAGUUUUUUUCUAACAAAGGAAGUAUUUUGUAUACACUGAAAGACAUUUGCUGUAUGAGAAAAGAACAGCCCAUUGGAAGAGUCAAUGGAGAGACAGCAGAGACCAAUGUUAUUUUUUUCUUAUUCUGUUUAUGCAAAUAUUAUAAUAUAAUAUUAUGGACAUGUCAAUCAUCAUUUAUAAAGGGCAUGUGAAUAUCCUUCAUAAGCCUGUUCCAGUUUAUUUGAAAGACAUAACUGGUCAGUAAACAUUAUAAAUGUGUCAGCUAUUUUUGCAGGAAUAAUAACAAAAAUAAUGUUUAUAGGCUAUUUCUCUCAAUGUGUUUUUGUCUAUUUUUUUGGCACUGGACAUAGAGGAAAAUAUGGUUUUGUACAACUUAAUGUUGUUGGUUUGUAAAUAUUUAUUUCCAAAAUUUGUAUGAUAAUAAAUGGCUUUGAAAUAUGUAAAUACAAUUAUGCUAACCUUCCUAACUUUCAGUG